AUGAAGCAGAGGAAGGCGGCCAAGAGCGGCUCGGUUCGGACCGGCCCUGGACGCAAACGGAAGGGCCUUAGCGACAUCUCCCCCUCCACCAGUCUGCCGCCUCUUGUGGAAGGACAGCUACGUUGCUUUCUAAAGCUGACCGUUAGCAAAAUCCUAUGGACGGUGGCCAAACCUCCAGCUUCUACUGUGGUGCGAGUGAGGUGGUGGGGAGAAACGUCCGAUGGCACCAUCUUUGUCCCCAGGGGCACUUCUCAGGUCGAACGAAAAGCUUUCAGGACUGCCACCCGCUACCCAAUUCGGUGUGGUCCCAAGCAGUUUACCUCCUACCUGACAGACAUGGGUGCUCUUGUACUGGAAGUCAUGACCAGAACCGACCACCUCCCCAUCGGGCGCGUUCAGAUGUGCGGGCUUUCGCAGCUGUCUCCAAGUCACCCGAUCAGCGGGUUUUUCACCAUUGUGUCCCCGACCUCCGAGAAGAUGGGAGAGCUGCAGGCGUCGCUUGUUCUGGAACCUCUGUCCGAAACCUAUGACAGCAGCAGCUCCAUCCCAAACACGGACGUGAGCUUCAGUGCCGGUUUGCCUGCCCAGGGAGCCAAAGAGCCCACCGAUCCCAGCCGCUUCCUUGCCCCGUCUCAGCUGUACAAACCCCCCGGCGUGAGCGUUGUGGGAAGCGAGUCCGUCAGCAGCAGCAGGACCCCGACGCCCAGGGGGAAGGAUUACUUGUACUUCCCGGAGAACAGUGCGCACAUCAGAGAAGCCUUCGUUCCAGGGCAGGAGGAUCCCUUAAACGUGACCGCUCCAAAGCACCAAGUCUUACUUCCCACCAGCUCUGAUCACGAGGCCCAAGUUAGACGAGGCGGGGGAAGCUCAGAUCCUGUCCGCGUACUUCCUUGGAACAACCCUGCCUCAAAGGACCUCCUUUCAGCCAUCUUGGAUCAAGGCAACAAGCUUCGGAACGCCAUGGUCGCCUCCGCUAUGAAAUCCACUCCCGACGCUGGCUUAGAAUUGUAUGCAACUCAUCCUUCCGUAAAGCGAGACGACCCCCCAGCGGCAGAAAUCUGGGAUGUCUCCUCCAGGAAUCUGAGAAACCUGGGGUUUGUCCACUUGUCUUCUGGUGAAGAUCCUCUUCAGCCGCUGACUGACAACGCCGAAUUUGACUUGCAAGCUGAAAACCAAGCAAUCCAGCUCCUGUUAGGCAGCUCCGAUAUUCCUCCUGUAGGUCUUUCCGAUGGCACUCCUUUGGAAUUGAUCUCCCUCGGGAGCGAAGUGUAUGGCAGUGAACUGAACGAUCCCCACUACGACCAGAGCCUCUUAGAGAACUUGUUCUACACGGCUCAGAAGUCCGAUAGCAGCUUAAGCGACUUCCUCAGCGACGAGGAGGAUCCUGGUUCCUGUGAAAAAUCCAGCAAACGCCAGAGGUCACGUCACGCAUCGGAGUCCAGCUCCCCAGGGCAGAAAGGGAAGGCCGUGGAGACGAAAGCCAGUUCUCCAGCGCGCCCUUUCUCCCUUCCCGAGCCGUCUGCAGAACCUGCGGGAGAAGAAACGUGCGCCAUCAACUUGAGCGUCGACAGGUUGGCCGUGCUGGGUCGGAUCCAUUUAGCCCGCGUGGUGAUCGAGAGCUUGAAGGUCCCUCCGGAAGGCAGCUCUCAGAACACCCCCGGCAAAAAAAGCUCCGCGGGGAAACCCCCCAAGCUGGCGUCAGCUCAAAAAAGGACGUUCUUUGUCGAGUACCACUUUCCAGUGAAAGCCACAAAGAACGGAAUAGGGCAGGUCGCUGUAACAACAGAAAUCAUUCGGGUAGCUUCGAGCAAAAUCUCCAACGAAGUGGUGAAAUUUCAGCAGCGCUACGUGUUCCCUGUUCACUUCGGCGGGACGAUGAUCACCCACUGGUGGAAUUCGGACCUUGUGUUUAAUAUCUACUUGAAAAAAGGCGCCCAAAGGAAGCCGCUGCUGAUGGGCUCUGCCACUUUACCUCUGCGAGACGUCGUUCAGUCGGAGCGCCUAACCGCCAGUCGUGAGUUGACGGUGGAAGAAGAAAGUGGUUCGUCUCAGCUGGGACCCUUAAAGGUAUCGCUGGAGCUCGCCGCUGACAACAAAGACUUCUCCAGCGCCAAUAGCAGGCCAGCAAACGUGAUAUCGAAAGCCCCAAUCUACUCCAUAACGAGCCCCGGGGUGAAGUUGCAAGAGGCCCCCGAGGACAUCACGCCCGUCCAAAGCCCUCGGCUCUCGCAGCCCAGCAGCUGCCAGUUCCGCACGAGGAUCCACGAGGCUUUGCCCCCGGCUUCAAAGAACCUCAGCGUGGGUGCGCAGCAGCAGCCGGUGCCAACUCCUGUGUCCCGUAGCCUUCUGGCCCAGAUGGAUUCGUCGGAAGAGGAGGGUUUGCUGCUCCACGUCCUGCUGAUGGUGCCGGAAGGGAAGGACUUUAUCCCCAGGGAUGCUGGGCUCCACGGCUCUUGCAACGUGUACUUGAACUGCAAGCUCUUCAGCACGGAGGAAGCGACGAGGUCAGCCGUCAUGUGGGGCACGAGGCAGCCGACGUUCUGUUUUUCUCAGGUAACGCCGAUUUCCCUGACCUCCAAGCACCUGGAGAGACUGAAGAACAACAUCAUGGUCAUAGAAGCCUGGAAUAAGAGGCCCAGCCCGGGGGGAGACCAGCUGCUGGGGCUGGCGAAGCUUCCGUUGCAUCAGUUCUAUGUGUCAUUCAAAGACCCCAAGAUCUCCGCCCUGCUGCUCCAGGCUCAGUAUCCGGUGGUUGCCAUGGACGGCUCUUUGCCCGUGACGGACGUCUUCACCGGCCACAAGAACGGGAGCCUGAAGGUCCUUCUGGCCAUGGGCUCGGCGGACCAGAUCGCGGCCCUGCAGAGGCUGAAAGAUGAAGAAGGCACCCUGCCGCCCAGCAUGCAGCGCUCUGCGCAUGCUCUGGACCCCCCGGCGACUCCUCUUCCAAAGCUGUCGACGAGAGGAGAAGAAGGACUCAUGGAGCACGUCUUCGAGGUCCACAUCGAGAGCGUGAAAGGCCUCACCCCCCUCCAGUCCACAGUCUGGGGAGAGGCUGACUGUUACGUGCAGUACCAUUUCCCGGUCCAGGAGUCAGAGACCAGCGUGCUGCGUGGGACAGAAGUGUACGAAAGCGGGCUUAGGCUGAAGCCGUUCCGCUCAGCAACCACUCUCUGCAUCCCAGACCCCGUCUUCAAUGACGAGCGUCACCACUCCUUGCUGGCCCCGGCAGACGUGCCAGUCCAGAGGCUGCUGCUCAGUGCGUUCUCCGCCCAGGGGCUUGCUGGAGGAGGAGGGAUCCAGUUUGAAAUCUGGUGCAGGUAUUACUACCCUAAUGUCCGAGACCAGAUGGUCGCCAGGGGGACCUUGUCGCUGUCACGCCUGUGCGCCAUGGUGACCAUGCAGCGGCGAGAAGAAGUGGGGAUCCAGACCUUUAGCCUACCCUUGAUCCCCAGGACCGACGGCUCAGCGCAGCCCAAAUCCUCAGGUCUGCUGGACGUGAGCAUAAAGUACCGAUGCUCCCUCAAAGCUGCCGAAGGGGUCCUGGCGGCUCAGGCGGUUUCCAUUUCCAUUCAAAUACACCGAGCGUCUGGUUUGCAAGCAGCUGCCAGGGCCUUGGCAGAGAAGACCCCUUCGCUGCAGUACAGCGCGGAUGUCGGAGUGAACGCCUACGUGACGGCGCACCUCCCGUUCCUCCCCGAAGGGGAGAGGCGCAGCACGCGGACGGUGGCCCGGACUUUCUGCCCCGAGUUCGAGCACCAUACCGAGUUCCCCUGCAAUCUCGUGGUCCGGAGAAGCAGCGGCGAAGCGUGCUGCCUGGGGGAGCUCUUGCAGUACUCCGAGGCCGUCUUCUCCGUCUUCCACCAGAACUUGAAUUCAGCUCCCAGGACAUCACAAGCUCAGGCUUCCAGAGAUUACCUCCUGGGAACUGUCAAAGUGCCCACCAGGGAGCUGUUAAUGAGAAGAUCAGGCAUUCGAGGCUGGUACCCGCUAAGCCUCCCAGAGGACCUGGCCCCUUCUCAUCGCGCCAACGUCGUUCAAACCGUCGUUGGAGGCCUGGAGCUUUCCGUGAGCUUCGCCCGCCCCGUGGACCGAGAACGCGUCCUGGAGGCUGCCGCCCUCCUGGGCUGGAGCUGGGAGGAAAGCCUCGGGGAAAACUGCCAGGACGACAGCGACUCUCCCCCACCCCCGGGUCCUGCCUUGGUGACCGUUUCAAUCCCUAGACUGUGGCUGCCGGUGCACUGCGUGUUGCUCGCGGGGCAGGCGCAGAUCCACAGAAGCACCUGUUGCUACCUCCGCUACAAGCUGUACGACCGGGAAGCCACGUGGACGUCUCUCAGGAGGCCCAGGCUGGCCGAAGACCAGAAGCAGGUGACUUUGACCUAUAAGAGCAAGCGGGCGGAGCUGACCAGGAGCCCAGCGCUGUUGUGGUAUUUCAGAGAGGAGAGGCUGGAGUUCCAGGUGUGGCGGGCCUAUGGGAACGAAAGGCACGCGGAAAGGCCGCUGGACACGGAUCGCCUGAUCGGGUCGGCGUACGUGGACCUGGCAGCGCUUGCGGGCGAUUCAGGAAGCACGAGAACAGUCAGUGGAGUCUACCCCUUGUUCCGGCGCAACGCUUCGAACCUGUGGGGAGCUGCCGUGCGAAUUCACAUCGCGCUUGCGGUCACCGCCCCCCGCGGGCUUGAGCCUGCAGAACACGGCGGCAGUAGCAGCAGUGAGGGCGAAGAAGGAAAGAAGGUGCUCGUGACCAGCCAGCAAGACUCAAAAUCUCACGGCCGCAAGCCGGAUCCUUCGGUCGUGGGGACCCUCGCUGAGAAAUCCUCUGAGGAGUCUGCUGCUGCUGCUGCAGUGGACCCCCAGAAGACGUUUGCUGUGAGCAUCCUUGUGGAAAGAGCCAUGCACUUAAGCCUGAAAGGAAGCCCCCUCACCGAGCGCGGAGUGGCCGCUCCCAGCAGCUGCGUAUCGUUCGUGACCACCGACCCAGACAACCCUGUCACCUCGGAAGUCGUGGAAAAAACAGACUCACCCAUUUGGGAUUUUCAGCAGCAGACCAGGCUCUCCAACGAACUCCUUCUAGACCCCCAGCAAACCCUCGUCUUCAAAGUGUGGCACAAAGCAGAUGUUGAACGCGUGAUCGGCUUUGCAUCGGUCGACCUCUCCCCCCUCCUCUCGGGCUUCCAGCUAGUCUGCGGCUGGUACAACAUCACCGAUUUCAGCGGGCAGUGCCGGGGACAGCUCAAAGUCGCCGUUUCUCCCCUGGAAAGCAUCAUUCAUCUCAAAGAAGAAAGGCAGGCGAGAAGCCGCUCAAAGGCCCCCGAUUCAGCUAUCCCGGCAACGAGCCCCUUUGCCUUCCAGGCGAGGGACUUGUGUGGAGUGUUCCCCACCUUUUCCACGAGAGGCACAGAAGAACUCUUCCACCCUUUGUCAAAGGGCACCGAGGCCGGCAAUCGUGAGAGGACUGGGUCCUCCAUUUCCUCCCUGCCUCGCCACGAAGAACACGUGCAGAACAUCCGCAGGUUCCACGAGUCUUUGCAGCAGGCGGAAGGGAACGCGCACCAAGCUGGCAGGCUGGAUUCCCUCUCCCAGUCCUCGCGCACUUCGCUUCUCCAGGCUCUCAGGAAAAACCUGAGCGAGCUGGAUGAAAUCCAGAGGUACUUCAGUCAAAAGCUAAGCAGGUCUUUCUCUGACAUGGGUGCACCAGGCAGAAACACGGAUGGACCUAGCGGCAGACACCCAAGUCCUGCCUUCCGGGCGGCAGACCCCGAAGGGCAGCAUCUGCUGGAGAAGUCUCACCGUCUGGUGUCUCAAGUCAGCAACCUCAUCAAUGGCCUCAACAACGAUGUCAGAAGAGACGCCCCAGAACCUUCAGACGCUCACGAGGUGUUCUCUUCGCGUCUGCCUGCCCUCGCGGACCAGAGAGAGGGAGCAGCCAGGGCCUCUGACGGGCCCAGAGACUUCCUGAGGAACGACGCCUCAAGCAGCCGCGCGGACGAAGGGCCGCUCUUCUCUCUGGCAAAGGCCCCCCGCGCACAGGGCAUGUUGUACGAAUUCCUCGGUCCAGCCAGCUCCCCCGGCGAGCCUCCUUUAGCCCCACGCUCCAGCCCAGCGGCGGAAGAGGUUGCCGAGUCCCACAGCGAGGAUGACUACGAAGAGGACAUCAUCGAGCCAAGGACGCUAAACGAAAUCACCACCGUGACGGACAAAACCAGCCCCUGGUCCAGCCUCAGCUCCGAAGGAGAGCAGGAUCGUGGCCAGGGAACCAUAGAAACAAGGGACGCCGGUUGGCCGGAAGCUUUACUCGCAGGGGAGCGGGCCCGAAGCAGCUCCUUGUCCAGCCUCCCCCAGGAAGACACCCUGAGCGUCCCCAGCACUGCCCGAUCGGGCACCGGCCCCUCCGGAGAAGAAGGGGGCGAUGAAUGCACAGGGAGGCCAAAACGCAGAGGCGAUAUUGAAGACCCGCUCCGGUCCGCACCGGCCUUAAAUAUCGAUUGCUCGAGUGAUGCACUUCCGGGAGAAGAAGAGACGGUUCAGGAAGGAGCCCUGGCCAACCCGGCCAAAGAGGCUGGAGUCGAAUCGCCAGCUUUUUCGGGCGGGGAAGACUUUGCUCUGGAAAGCGCUGCUGCCCCAGAGGGGGAGGAGGGACGGGAGGUGUUACGUUCCGACUCCCAACAUAAGGAAGUGGCUGGUUCUGAGGAGGAGGAGCACCGGCACUCCCCUGAGUCGUCAGAAGCUGCGCAGCAUCCAGACAGCCACUCCGAUGAGGGUGACCGCGAUCUGCAGGAGGACUCCAGGGAACCUCCGCAGCUCAGAGCGGCGCUGUAUCCUUUUUCACCUUAUUAA